AUGGAAGCAGUAGAAAAGAUGAGAAGCAGCAACAGCAGUCUCUAUAACAACAGUACCCUAUCGGAUGUGGUGAUCAAAUUCAGCGGCCAACAGGUUCACGCGCACAAGGCUAUCCUUGCGCACAAAUUUGUGUACUUUCUCCAGGCUUUCACCAGCAUGUUCAAGGUAGCGUCCAGCGAUGAAGUCGAUCUCGGCGACGACGAUGAUGUCCAAGCCGUAUAUGCAAUGAUGUGCCACAUCUACGACAUGCCUUACGCCGAUACAUUCACAAACAAAUCCGACAUUUACAUUGAAGGCAGUCUGACUUUCCUCUUGAAUGUCUUCAUCGUCGCCGACAAGUAUUUUGUCCCUUGCCUUCGCGAGAAAGUGGCGCCUGAGUUUACCACCCACCUUGAAAUCGUUUGGGGAUCCGACGAGAUCACAGUGUGUGUCGAGAAGCUGUGUGGUCCUGAGGCAGUCCAGCUCGCCAACUCGUCCCUUCAAGUCGCCGUCGCAAAGCUCUUUAAUGACGAGCCCUCGAAGAUCAUGUACCACUCCAGCGUUCGCAACAUGAUUGAACAAGACAAAUCUUUCGCUGGACGCGUCCUUACCGGUCUCUUGGCUAGGACCGUGGGAGUAAGCACGUAUCCUGGUGUCUGCCACAAGCCAGAGGGUAGUCUGAGAGGAGGUCGAGACUGCACUAAUAUCCGCAAAGGAGACCCCCGUCACCUCGCAGCCUUUACCUCGCAUUGCGUCCACUGCUACUUGCCUGCCGGCCAGACAUACCACAAGAGCGGUGGUCAACCUGCCGAGACCACGCUUCUUCCCGACGUCAAGGUUAUUCUCCUUUGA